GCCGCAUUUAACGGGUAAUGACUAGCACUUACGUAAGCGAUUCCAUUGUAAUCCGUUAUCAUUCUUAUACGUCAUGUUUCUGCCACGACCGCACGUCAUCAAUUAUUCACCGACGCUUACUUUUUACCGUUUUACUGUUCCUGAAGACUACGAGUAUUUAUAAACAACCUUUCAUCCUUACCCCCAUUCACUCAUUCGUGCACGGUAAAUCACCCACCAAGUCAUCACCCAUUUAUAAACGCAGGCACUUAAAUGGAGGCGGAGAAGCGGCGGUCCGACGGCGAGUGCAUCGGGAAGACGGCGGCUAAGCGGAUGAAGGCGGCGGAUGUGGACGGAAUCGUAAAGCCUCUGGAUUUGACAUUGGACGCGGCGGCGGAGGCGGCGGAAGACGAGGAGGUGGAAGAGUUCUAUGCUAUCUUGAGGAGGAUGCACGCGGCGUUGAAGUACUUUGGGAAGGGGGGUAAUAAGCCGUUGGAUCUGUCAUUUCUACGGUCAGAUUUUGAAGAUCAGACAACAAAUGGGGUGGAGGACGAUACGGGUUUGGAUCCCAGGGCAGACCCGGAACCCGACCCGCACAAUAGCCCGAGCAUCAAAUCUUAGAUUAUAAGUUUUGUUUUGUUCGCCAUCCUAUGUACUUCACGAAUGUCUUAAGAUGCUUCAAAUAUUUUAAUUCAUAAUUUAUACGUAGUAAUUAUUUAACUUAUUGGUUAAUUUUAGAACCUCUUUUUAUAUGUGCUAAUAGGUGUACUGUUUGUAUUUUAUAACUGUUGAUCUGUAUUUUUAUCAAAUUGAAAUCAAGUGUUCUUGUUCAAGAA